AUGGACUUACUAAAGCAGCUUUCAGAGAAUCCUCUGGCGAUUUUCGGGAUUGCCAAGGACUCAGAUGCUGUAGAUAAACUUAAUAGCGUGACGAAGACGCUUUUGGAUCCGAUCGCCAAGGACCAUUCUGUGCUAGAUGAGCUUUACGUGGAUGGCCUAGAUGCUACUCAGGUUUACGGACAAGCCAAGAUGAUUCUUGGGGGUGUUGGCGAGGCUCUUUUGUUUGAGAAGCUUCCAGAGCUUAAGGAGCGUUUUGGCGUGGGCCUGGAGCCCGAAGGUCUGGAAGAUGACGAGGGAGAUGAAGAGGAGGAGGAGCUCGAGGGAGAGCUUGAUGAGGAGCUCGAAGAGAAUGCUAAUGAAGAGGAAGAGGAGGAUGAAGAGGAGGAAACUGAAGGCGAAGAAGAUGCCGAGAAUGCCGUGGAUGCUUCUGAAAAUGAGGACGACGAAGAGUUUGGUGGUCUUUCUGACUCUGAAACCAAGGUCGCUUCCGAUGAGGAGCCUGAGCAGAUCGAAAAAGACGCUUUCGGCCUUAAUGACGAGUUUUUUGAUAUUGAUGACUUCAACAAGCAGAUCGUGGAGCUCGAAGAUGAGCCUGAGGACGAAGAACAGAUAGAUUACUUUGGUGAUUUGAGUGAAGGUGAAGAUGAUAGCGAAGAAGAGAUGGACUACUACGACGGCUUUUUCGAUAAGCCAGGCCAAAAACGUUCAAAGAAGAAGCAGGUCACCAAAGGUGCUCCAGAGGAAGAAGAGGGGGUCAGCGAGUUGGAGGAUAACGAGUACGAACAGGCAGUCGAUGGUGCCAUGCUAGAUCUCUUCCCGGACGAAGAGGACGAGAAGCCUCAGCAGAAAAACCAAUCUUCAUAUGAAAAACAACAGGACAAACUUCGAGCAGAAAUCGCUAACCUAGAAGCUGAGCUUGUGGCUGAGAAGAAAUGGACAAUGAAGGGUGAGGUUCGUUCUCGUGACAGACCUACCGAUUCUCUUCUUGAUGAUGAGGAGGCUCCUUCGCUUGAGUUUGACCGUACGUCAAAGCCUGUUCCAGUCAUCACAGACGAAGUCACCGAAAGCAUUGAAGAUCUUAUCAAGAGAAGAGUCAGAAACGACGAGUUCGACGAUCUUCCAAAGAGACUAAUCACAGAUGUUUCGAGAUUCUCUCAACGGCAAAAAACUGAGGUCUCUGAGGAGAAGAGCAGUAAGUCAUUGGCCGAAAUCUACGAAGACGAGUACCACGGCGUUGAUCCCGAGCAGAAAAUCACUGAGGAAGUCCAACAAGCACACGACGAAAUCACUGAUCUUUUCACAAGUCUUAAUUACAAGCUCGACUCGUUGUGCCUGGCCCACUACAUUCCUAAGCCCCACGAGUUCAAGAGCAUCGACAUUAAGGUCACUGACGGAGCAGCUUCGAUCAAUAUGGAAGAUGCCCAACCAUUGCAUGUUUCUGAAGAAACCACCCUUGCCCCACAAGAAGUAUACAAGAUUGGCGAUGACAAGCCACAAGCCAAUGGUGCUCGUGGCAUGAAGGAGGUGCAGUUGAAGAGCGGAUUGUCAUACUCCAAGGAUGAACUUAGCACUGAAGAGAAGCAGAGGUUGAGAAGAUCUAAGAAGAGAGCCAAGUCUAAGCACAUGAAGGAGGUCAAUGAGGCCAGAGAACAAAGACAAAAGCAGAACCCAGAUGGAGGCGACAAGAAACGUCAAAAGGUGGGUGACGCAUUGGGCGAUUUGGCCAAGGCUAAGAACGUCACUGUGAUUGACAAGAAGGGACAGAUGAGAGACGCACUGGGACAGUUAAAGAAGAACAAGGGUCCACAAACGGGUUCUGACUUCAGGUUGUAA